AUGAAUUUUCAAAAUAUCUCUUCAGGUUACCCGCCAAGCUCUCCUCGUUCAAAGUCGUUAUCCAAUUCCGGCCCUUCAAGUCCCGAAAUGAGUGCAACUAUAGACGGCACUACUCAUGGCAAGUUUACACGGUUUAAAAUCAAUAAUUUGCUAAGCUCAGAAUCAGAAAGCUACCAGCAGACCGAUGAGUACAUAUAUCAUCAGAAUCCUGAUUUAAACCAAAAGCAGCAAAGAAUUGACAGCCAAGAUAUUAUCAACUUUAGACAAACAAGUAAUUCAUUUGAAAGUAGUAGUGAGACGAGUGAUGCGGAAGCUCCAAGUGCAUCUUCAAGCCCUCAAAGCAAAAAUAAAACGAAAUCCAGUAAAACAACUCGUUUGUUGAGAGGAACAGAUCCAUUGUCAAAAAAACACCAUGAAUUAGACCUCAAAAGGUCAAUGGCUUUAGUAAUACUUAGUGGAUAUAGUCUACGUCAAGCUGCAUCUGCUACUGGUGUGUCUCACGAGACUUUAAGACGAAGACUGAGAAGUUUGAAGCAAAAGACAGACAAAUCUUCAGGAUCCAGUAAAAAGCUUUUUAUCUCAGCAGAAAGAUUUGACUGUCAAGCACCUUUAAGUUACCAGAAUCAGACCCAACAGUCAAGCUUACCGGAUCAAAACAUAAGUAAGGGUGGUUUUCAAUCUGAAGAGGGCCUCAAUAACCAGUGCACACCAGAAGCCCUAAAGCCGAUUUUAUCAGGUCCACAUUCGGCAGUAGAUUACAAAAAUAAUGGGCCAGAGUCUGAAAAUUCUGCAGUAGCAGAAGAUAGCAAAAAAUUAAAACUUAAAGACUUAGGGAUUGAUGGAAAACGCACAGCAAAACUCAAGAAUGAACUUGAUAUUUUUGGACGGCUAUUUCGUCGCGAAUUAAGUCAAAAAGCGCCAGAGCUGCAAGAUCGAUUAAUGGGAGAGUAUGAAAAAAUUAAGCGUCACGUUUACGACUACACAUCUCACACAACAGAAUCUUUGCAAAUGGCCAAAGCAAUGAUAUUUGAUGAUAUUAAGCAGUACGAAUGGAGAUACUUCCAUUCUAAGAGUGUCAUGGAUUUGACUGAAGCUGACCUCUCUUUAGUCAUGUCACCUGAAGACCUCAUCCCUCCAGUAAAUAAAGAAAUUCCAGGAAUUAGUACUUCGUUUCAUCAUGAGGAUUUUUCUGACUCUCAACAAAGUUUGAAUGAGAGUGAAGCCUCACAGCAAUUCCUUGGAACAAGCCCAGAAACAAACACGAGAGAAAAUGACAAUGUGAGAAGGGUAACUAGCAUUAGUAACAUUAUAAAUAAAGUGGAUUAUUAG